AUGACGACAGAAAAGAAGCCGAAUUCCCUUGUCAUCGUCGCUGAUGAUUUAGGCUUCAAUACGAAUCUGAACCUUAGGGUUGCUGCUCUGCCAGAAAUCAUGCAGGACAAUGGAUACUUCGCAGUCACGUCCGGGAAAUGGUAUGCUAACUCCCUCGAGGACUUGGGCAAUCAUAAUUCGGUCGUUUGGUAUGGACGUCAGUGGGCCACUGCAGCGACGGCGCCGAACCGAGGAGCUAAGUCGUAUACGACCGAAGUCGGUAUCCGGUGCCCUUGCGUCGUCAGAUAUCCGACUGGGACAGACUUGCAGCCAGGAUCUAUCGCCAAUACCUUCACGGUUAUGGAUAUCCUGCCAGAGGUACUUGACUUGCCUGGACUGAACACCCUGGGAAACAAUUUCGAGGCCGAGACUGUCACCCCGUUCAAAGGCAAAUCGUGGGGAAACCUCUUGGAGUCAUCUAAUGAGAACCAGGUUAACCUGUACGAUCCAAUGACCGAUAUCAUUGGCUGGGAGCAAUUUGGUAUUGCUGCAUCAUAG